GGAGGCGUUCCGCCAGGCCUGACAAAGAUAAAAAGACAAGUUUGAAGAUGUUAGUGGCAAAAGGGGCUGUUGAAAACGUCUGCUAUGUUCAGGGAAACUUUAGGGCCUUUAGAUAUCCGCAGUGAGCAAUGAAAAGAAAUUGUGAAGCAAAAAAAGCUCUUCCUCGGGCCGGAAACGCCAUAGGACUCCUGAAUCACGUGGUACACACGCGCCAAAGUCCCAAGUUAAAGAAAGAAAAACGGGGGCUUCCUUAUCCUGCACCUUUAAAAUUGGACUUGGUGAAGUUGGGCGCUGCCUUACAGAGGAUCAUUCUUCCAUCUGUUUCAAGUCGGCUUUCCUCGCUGUUAACAAGAUCGCUGUAUUCUCCGCAGUAGCUGUAAUGGGUUUUUUGCCGGUUAGCCGACUUCCGCCCAAGUCCAAGAUGGCGGUUGAGCGUUCCUGACCUUUACGGGGUUGGGCGGUGAUUGCAGUCUGAGCUAGUAGGGGGUGGAGCGGUUAGUAAACAGCAAAUGCAGAAGCUGUUGCGCGGGAGUCAGCCAUGGACUGGAAAGAAAUUCUUCGCCGGCGGUUAGCGACGCCCAGCACAAGUACCAACAAAAAAAGAAGUGAACAAGAAUUAAAAGAUGAAGAAAUGGAUUUGUUUACCAAAUACUACUCAGAAUGGAAAGGGGAUAGAAAAAACACAAAUGAAUUCUAUAAGACCAUACCCCGGUUUUAUUACAGGCUGCCAGCUGAAGAUGAAGUCUUACUACAAAAAUUAAGAGAGGAAUCCAGAGCUGUCUUUCUCCAGAGGAAAAGCAGAGAACUGUUAGAUAAUGAAGAAUUACAGAACUUAUGGUUUUUGCUGGAUAAGCACCAGACACCACCUAUGAUUGGAGAGGAAGCAAUGAUUAAUUAUGAAAAUUUUUUGAAGGUUGGUGAAAAAGCUGGACCAAAGUGCAAGGACUAUAAGACCUACCUGGACUUUGUUCUUGCGUUAGAAAAUCGAAAAGAACCUGCAGCUCUGCAGUAUAUUUUCAAAUUACUUGAUAUUGAGAACAAAGGAUAUCUGAAUGUCUUUUCACUUAAUUACUUCUUUAGGUUGUUCUUUCAGGAUUUAGAAAACUACAUAUUGGAACUUAUCCCUACUUUGCCACAAUUAGAUGGGCUGGAAAAGUCUUUUUACUCCUUCUAUGUUUGUACAGCAGUUAGGAAGUUCUUCUUCUUUUUAGACCCUCUAAGAACAGGGAAGAUUAAAAUUCAAGAUAUUUUAGCAUGCAGCUUCCUAGAUGAUUUAUUGGAGUUAAGGGAUGAGGAACUGUCCAAGGAGAGUCAAGAAACUAACUGGUUUUCUGCACCUUCUGCCCUAAGGGUAUAUGGCCAGUAUUUGAAUCUUGAUAAGGAUCACAAUGGUAUGCUCAGUAAAGAAGAACUGUCCCGCUAUGGAACAGCAACCAUGACCAAUGUCUUCUUAGAUCGCGUUUUCCAGGAGUGUCUCACUUAUGAUGGAGAAAUGGACUAUAAGACCUACCUGGACUUUGUUCUUGCGUUAGAAAAUCGAAAAGAACCUGCAGCUCUGCAGUAUAUUUUCAAAUUACUUGAUAUUGAGAACAAAGGAUAUCUGAAUGUCUUUUCACUUAAUUACUUCUUUAGGGCCAUACAGGAACUAAUGAAAAUCCAUGGACAAGAUCCUGUUUCAUUUCAAGAUGUCAAGGAUGAAAUCUUUGACAUGGUUAAACCAAAGGAUCCUUUGAAAAUCUCUCUUCAGGAUUUAAUCAACAGUAAUCAAGGAGACACAGUCACCACCAUUCUAAUCGAUCUGAAUGGCUUCUGGACUUAUGAGAACAGAGAAGCUCUUGUUGCAAAUGACAAUGAAAACUCUGCAGACCUUGACGAUACAUGAUCUCUCAAAAGACUAGACUGUGUUCAUUAAGAUAAGCUUGAAUGCUGCACGCAAAACCUUUCAAGCACAAUCCUUAGAAACAGCCUAAAUAAAACACUUUAUAUGCCUACAGAAUACA